AUGAAUUCACAAAUCCCACACAACCCCAAGCGCAACAAAACCUUCCAUCCUUCCCACAUACCCAUCAAACCAAAUGCAACACUUCACCCAGUCCCAACCCACAUAACCGGCCCCCUCCCCUUCCUAAACCCCACAAAAGCCCACUACCAUAUCCCCUCGCACCCCGACAUCCGCUUCAAAUGGACUUCGCGCAACGACCGUAAAGGGCGUCACGCCAUCUCCAUAAACCACACCUCCAACUCUGCGAAUGGCACCACACCGCGUCCCACAACCUCCCUGCACACUAUUUUAAGAAAUAUCUGGAAAAUGGCGACGUACUACCCUGUCUGGGACCUGUCGUUCUGCGUCGCAUACGUAUUCACGAUAGGCAGCGUUCUCUGGAUCCUCAACGCCUUCUUCGUGUUCUUGCCUUUGGUGCAACCGCAGACGGAGCUCGAGGGGGAAGAGUUGUAUGGUGGUGGGAUCGCGGCGUUUAUUGGGGCGACGGUGUUUGAAGUGGGGUCGGUGUUGUUGCUUGUUGAGGCGGUGAAUGAAGGGCGGUCGGGGUGUUUUGGGUGGGCUGUUGAACGAGCAUUUGAGGGGGAAGAGGAGGAGAUUGGUGUGAGGCUGGAGAAGGGGGGAUGUGGGCAUGCGCAUAAGAGGGGGGAAGGGGAGGGGGAUGAGAAGGGGGAGAGAAGGAAGUGGGUUUGGUGGCCGGCGAGGGAAGAGUUGCAGAGGCAUUAUAUUCAUAAUCUGGGGUUUUUGGCGUCGCUGGCGCAGUUUGUGGGGGCGACAAUAUUUUGGGUUGCGGGAUUUACGGCUCUGCCGGGGAUUUAUGAUAAUAUGUCGAAGACUGUUACGAUUGUUUUUUACUGGACGCCGCAGGUUGUCGGCGGGUUGGGUUUUAUCAUCUCUGGGCUUCUGUUUAUGAUCGAAACGCAACGUAAAUGGUGGAAGCCGGCGCCUCGAGUACUCGGCUGGUGGAUUGGGGCUUUGAAUCUUAUUGGGGGUGUGGGAUUCACACUAUGUCCGGCGUUUGGGUAUGAUAACAGUAGUUGGGCGCAGUAUCAGGCUUGUCUGAGUACUUUUUGGGGUAGUUGGGCGUUCAUGAUUGGGAGUACACUGCAGUGGUAUGAGAGUCUUGAGAAGUUCCCAGUGGAGGUUAAUAAAUCGGUGCGGUGA